UUCCCCGACCAAGCACUGCUACACAGUAGCUACUUACGACCGAACGCGCAUGCUGGCUAGCGAGCUGACGGACUGAUAGGCUUGUCACACACACGUACACAAACAAAAGUUUGGGAAAGUUGCAAAGUUUGCCGGAGCCGACCAAACUAUGUGCUGUGUCCGUAUGAUGUUAUUGUGGUUAGGCUACAGCGCUAAGGAGUGAUAGAAAGUUGUCGUGGGAAGAUGGACGACGGUAGAACAAGAUUCAAACAGGAGCCAGUAAGUCCCGGGAGUCGUCACGGACACGAUCUUAUGGCCAUGCAACAGACUUAUCAUCAAGGAGAGGUUUUGUCUCGGACCAGCACCCAAGGCGCCCUCGAUAUGUCGCAGGGAGGGCGCACGGCAACAAUAGCCGCCGGAAUGCCAUACAUUUCUGAUACAAUGACGUCAUAUGCAAUGACAGCUCACGAUGUCACACCGGCCUACGUCAUGCAGGACCGUAACCUUAUGUUGGGGAUGUAUGGAUAUGCUCCAGUGAUAGGUGAAAACAAAGGGUCUGGUCACGUAGACCUGCUGGCUAAUAGCAUAGACAGUGCUGAGGUGAACGGCGACGGGGCGGGGACUCCGGAGAGUGUUCAACCAAAGCUUCGUAAUACAGCCUUACCAGGAAUGGGCAAACGAUCGCACCUUCCUAAACGGUACAAAUGCGCGAUGUGUGCCUACCGCACCAGAUACAAGUCCGAUUUGAACCGUCAUGUAAGGAAGCACGCCGUAGCAACGUUCAACUGCGAAAUAUGUAAUAUGCCAUUUAAAACAAUUGGAAACGUGGAAUUCCACAAACGCAAGGAGCACGCGGAUUUGAUUGUGUCGUCAGCUACAACAAUAUCCGGGUCAGGAAAAGAUCAGCCUCCAAAACAUAGUUGUAAGCAUUGUGACUAUAGCACAUCAUACAGUUCCGAUCUGACUCGCCAUGUCCGAAAACACUUGUCGUCCAAGUUUCAUUGCAACAUGUGUAAUCGACCUUUCAUGACCUUCUCAAGUCUGGCGACACACAAACGUACAGCACACAACAACGGCGAUCACGACAUUGAAGUCCUUGGAAGUGAAGGUGAAUGUGUGAUUGCUGAGGAGGUUGGACCGGAGGGAGCCGGUGGAGAUAUAGACGAGGAUGGCGCUAAGGGUGAAGAAAUGGACAUGACAGUUACUGGUUCGCAAGCUAUCGGUGAUGCUGGAGACAGACUCGAGGACGUGACGAGGCAACAGGUCAGUGUUGACAGUAAUGAGAACGGUAAGAAGAUAGAAGAGGACGAAAACAGAAAUAUCGCAAACAUGAAUCCACAACUCGAGGAAAAACCUGAUACUGAUAUAGGUCAGUUGCCAUCAACAAAGACAACCAACUCACCAGACAGCGUGCCUAGUACAAAGUAUACCUGCGAACACUGUGAUAAAUCCUUUGGUCGAAAACUAGUUUUGGAGUAUCAUCUUAAAAAUAUUCACAAGAUAGGAAAGUCUGGGCAGGAAGACACCGACGUAUUUGUCGAAUACCCUGAUGACGAUUAUGACCUUGCACUAGACAUGUCUAUUCAAGAGUUGGAGAAUUCUACGUCUGAUGGUCUAGCUGAACGCACGCUUGAUUCUAAUGGUAAACUACGUCACCAGUGUCACUUGUGUGCCUAUGCCACCAACUACAAAAGUACAUUCGAUCGGCACGUGCGCAAGCACGACCUCGAAUGCCAUAUAUGUGACGUCUGCCGAAUGCCAUUCAUUACCUUUGGACAUCUUCAGCGCCACAUCCGUGACAAUCAUCCUGAACACACCCAAGCAAGCUCUCGCAAGGAGACUGCGGAAGGACACCAUGAUCACAUGCAAAUGAACGCCAGAAAAGAGUCUGCGGAUGGGCGAUCUAUCGUGUACAACUUCCCACCAAGCGACGUGCACCACCGUGGCACUAACCCUCCGUCCCCCUCCUGCUAUAAGAUGGAGGGUCCAGCUUUGUCACAGGGUAACUUCCAGGGGAUGUCGGUGAACAAAUCCUUAACGUUAUCACCAGGGAAGAGUCAACAGGGCCAUAGUGAUGGGACAAAGGCCAGCUGGACCAGUCUGCGACGUGUGUCAAAUGUUGAGGAUGGAGUGAUGACUAGCCCACCUACCUGCGGACGUUACGCCAAGCUAGUGUCCGACUAUGACAGUUUUGCUGAACAGCCUUUUGCUUGUGCAUUGUGCUUUUAUAGAACAGGUGACAUUUCAAGCCUUGUCGAUCACGCGGAGAAUCACCUGACCGGAUGCAGCAUGACGCCAGUGCCGGACACUUGUAAGUUUAGAGUGGGUGCUUCGAUGUCGCGCGGUACAACCGACCCGAACCGUUCACUGAGAUGUCCGAGUUUACCAUCAUACAGUAUAUAUACUCCACUUUCCACAAAUGGCCAUGGUCAUGGGGACAGGUCGGUCACGCCUAAUGACAUUUCACGAUCGCACGUUAUGGUUGCUGAUCAUACACGUGCCUUUGUAUCAAAGAAUCAUAAUUCAAACCACAGGCCGAUUUCUCAAAACCAAUAUUUACCAAACAAUUCAAUUCAGAGCCAUGAAAAUCAAGAAAAGAAACAAGUAAUUUCUUGUGAACAACAGUCAUCGAUGAUGGUACAACAGCCAUCAAGUCUUGACGAUACCACUUUGAGAGUUAACGACAUCCAGAAAAGAAAUGACCGCAUGAUUCCAACAUUUUCCGUCCACUACAGAAAGGACAAGACUAACAAAGUGCGGCCGUACCUGUGUCUGUUGUGCCGUAAACGUUUCCGUCAUCUAAUGUUACUAAAACAGCAUUUCAAAGUGGCUCACAGCGAGUCACAGGUAGGAAAUCCACGAUAUUAUAACUGUCGUAUGUGUAAGGAGGUAUUCGACAAUCCCAUGUUAUUACAGGAACACCACGACAUUAAUCACUAGGCAUAGAGACACCAAGACAUCACUUACUAAUGGUAGACACCAAAUGAAAGGACUCUUUAGGGAUAUUUUAGAUAUUUACUCAUUCUAUCCUGAUGAUACGUUUCUGAUGUGUAACUUUCCACGUCCUAGACGGGAUAUUAUGUAUGUUACAAUGGUAACAAGGCUGAUUUUAGAAAUUAAUUGAUCUAGUGCUUUGUCAGCUGUAUAUUCAGUGCCUUGUAUUAAGUCAGUUGUAAAUAACAUAUGGAUAAAGUUAUAUUUACAAUCCAUUUAUUAAGUGCCUUGUAUCCAGUCAGUAUUAGAUAGUAUUUGGAUAACAUUAUAUUUACAAUCCAUUUUUUUCAGUGCCUUGUAUGAAGUCUGCAAUAUACAAUCCAUUUAUUCAGCACCUUGUAAUGAGUUUGCUGCAUAAAACAAAUUAAAAUUUACAAUCCA